AUGUCAAGUGAAGUUGCAACAAAUAAUACAGUAACAACAACAACGGACAACAACGUUAUAACAACCGAGUCAAACUCAAAUCUACUAUCAUCAUCAGAUGCUUUAAUUCAAUAUUGUCAAUAUAUUUUAGAAGAAGAAAUAGAUGAAUUAACAAAAUUAGAAUAUAAUAAAAAAGGUAGAAAAUAUAAAUUUAUAAAUAAUUCAUUUCAAAGAAUAAGACAAGAAGAUAAACAUUUAAUAAUAUACCCUGAACAACCAGAGCUAAAAAUUUCAUUUUAUUCUGCUUUUCAAAUUUUAUUUAGUAUUAAUGAUUUAUUAAAUACACAACCUGAAUUUUGUUGUACUAUAUUAGCUAUAGCUUUAGAAAUUGAAAAAAAUAAUUGGUUUGAAAUUGAAAAUUCUUCAAUUAUUCAUUUUAAAAAUUGUAUUAAAGAUCCAAGAAUUUUAAAAGAUGAAGCUGAUGAAUAUAUAAAGCAAAAUCCAAUUAGUUCAAAACAUAUUGAAUGGGGUUUAAAUUUAUUAAUUUGUUCAAAAUUAAAUUUUUUACAUACUGAUCAUCAUAUUGGAACAAAAUUAGAAGGUGAAUAUAUGAUUCACUAUAUUAAUGAAUAUUUUGGAGAAGAAGCAUUAAAUUCAAUAGAUAUUUUAAUUGCUUUAAAAAGUUCUGUUCAUUGGGCUAAUAUAAAAGGAAUAUUAUAUAAAUUAAAAGUUCCAAAUAUUAAAAUAUCAUCAGAAUUAACAAAAAAUUUUGAAAAUUUCCCCGAACCAUCAAUAGAGUUACAAAAAAAUGUAUAUUCAAGAUAUCCAAGUGGUACAUCAAAAUAUUCCUUAUUGAAAAAAUCCAUAUUAAAAUUAAAAAAUUUUAAAUAUUCAAAAUUAAUUGAAAUUAACUCAGAAGAAAUACAAAAAAAUUUAAUUUGGUUAUUUGAAAUUUGUAAUGAUAUUGAACAUGAUCCUAUAAAAUAUCAUUUACGUUCAAAAGCAAAACAAUUAUGUGAAAAUCCAAUAAAUUUAAUGGAUUUAUCAACAUCAAAUAAAGAUAAAAUUAAUUCAUUAUUUAAUUUAAUUUCAAUUAUUGUAAAUAAUUUUGCAAGAAUUAAAUUACAAAAUGAAGAGAGGGGAAAUGAAGAUGAAGAGGAACAACAAACAGAAGAUGAUGAUCAAGAUGAAUUUGAUAAUUUAUUAUAUAAUUCAAAAUUUCCAAAAUUAGAAGAUUCAAGUAAAUAUUAUCCUGAAUUAAAUGAAAAGUUAAUAAAUUUGAAAAAAAGAAUAGACCAAUAUGAAUUAAAAAAUUGGAAUCAUGAUGAUAUUAUUUCAAGAUUAAUUGAUGGAAUUGAUACAGAAAAUACAUUAUAUUCAAAAUUACAUUAA